UAUUCCCUACAAAGUGACGACUUGCAACAACAGCAUUCCUAACCACGUUACGAUCCUACUUGCACACUCCGCAAUGCAGUAGCACCGCUCGUCGAAUGCAAUGGCUGGUUCCUCUCCCGCUACACGUAGAUCUCGUCAAUGGUCCAACCCUCUUUCUAGUCCCCUUUCCGAAGAGCGCAACUCAGCGCUCAACCAUCAAGAUGCCCUCGCUGCCGCCUUAGCUGAACACGAUCGGGUUCGUGAGGUUGCUAUUAGAGUUUAUCAUGACUACGAGUUGCAGGAGGAGCGUCGACGGCUAGAAGAACAACAAAACAGUAUUUUAGAGCAACAGAGAAAAGAGGAAGAGCUCAUACGAGCUAAAGAACAACUUAGGAAAGAGGAAGAGCGUUUGAGAAUCCUAAAGGAAACGAAGGUCCCGGAACUACCGCCGGCACCGCCUACUCCUAUUCCCGCAGUUAACGGAUCGGCCCUUGCUACGAAAUCAGCAACAUUACCCGCAAAACCUGCCUUCCAACCUACUACGGCACCAGCGGUUUCAGAAGCGAUCCAAAAACCUAAAUCAUCCCUGUUUGGCCUUCACCAACCUGCUUCGCAACAGUCUCCCUUAACUAAUGGGGUCAAUGGACAGGCCAAUGGCACGGCUGGUAAGGUAGUUGAGCCAAGUUUACCGAAUACAUUUAGCAAACCUCAAGCGCAAUUAUUCUCGACACAAGCUAAGCCGGCGACUCCUCCGUCGAAUGCGUUGUCUAUAGCAAACCUUACCAAUAGCUCACCCCCCGCAAACGUCGAUCGAUACGUUCAGAUUCAUCGGAACUUGAAGAAGCUACGGGCGUCUCUUUUGCAACAGGCAAAGACAUCACCGCUCUUGAAGCAGCGUUUGGGGGACAUGCGACGAGAACUAAGAAAGAACAUGGGCCAACUGGUCGGCGAAAAGGGCGCAAAUCGUACACAGGCACGUUGUUUUGAAGUUGAUGGAGAUGUUGAUGACUAUGAUUCUAACUCCUCCGAACAGAGUGAAGCUAUCCAAGCACUACUAAACGAGUCACUCAGUGGCGCUGUUCCGAGCGAGCUGAUCGACCCGUCUGACUUCGUUACGGACAAGAGGGAACCCGUAGAGGGUGCCUUACGUAACGAGGCUACACUCCCUUCCCUAUUCCUAUAUCUCCUUAACCACUUUGCCAAGGCUGUUAUUAACCAGUUCAUCAAUGAAUGUGCCGCGCAGGCAAAGAAUGCAGAUCCUAUUGGCAUCUUGGUUGUGAUGAUCUUCUCGAAAGAACAGUACUCGUGGCGGGGCAAGUCACUGAUCGACAUCUUGAUGGCCAAGUACCGUGUGGCUUGUCCCGUUGUCUUUGGUUAUCAUGGUAGUGAGAAGACGGAAAAAGGCCGUCUUCUCCUAGGUUGGAAGAAGACCCCUGGAGGAUGGAUUCCCGAACAACAGCACAUUGACCGGAUGAAAGCGCUAGCAGCAGGUUUUGCCGCAAUUUCGUUGAGGAACUUUGUCAAUUCACCCAACAAAAAUCCGUACCCCCCGCGCAACUAUUGGACCGCUAUGGCCAAAAUAGUCAAUACGCCACCCGCGGAGGUCUCGGACACGCAAUGUGUGGUUCUCCGAUCGAUGAUCGAGGAAAGCGAGGAGAAAUUCAUUCAGUUCUACGGAAAUGCAGCGAUUGCCGCGUUAAGAAAGGCGUUGGUGGAAUUUCCUAGCACAGUGGUAGAGAAAACCCCCGGCGUUUCAGGCCUUCAAGUACUGGCAGAUCUCAUAAAGCGCGAUAUAGGAUUGGAAUUAUAAGAGGAUUAUGUACAGUACGCGAGGAAAGGCCGAUUCGGUGUUGGUAUAAGGGUGUUUCCAACCCCAUGUUUCUUAUGGCGUUUUGGGGACCUGGAACGGGACGUAAAUUAAACUAGCAUUAGAAGGCGUCCUGGGCUACUCAGAGAGGCCCUUGUC